AUGUCUAAGACAUUCACGCGCGACGAAGUUGCCAAACACAACACCGAGGAUUCCCUCUGGUGCAUCAUCGACCACCGCGUCUAUGACCUAACCGACUUUCUCGACGCACAUCCCGGCGGAAGCGUCGUCCUGUCCCAGAUAGCCGGCAAAGACGCAACAACCGACUUCUACAACCUCCAUCGGCAUGAAGUCUUGACGAAGUACCGUGACUCGCUUUGCAUUGGAACGAUCGCGGAUGAGAAGCCCGAAGUCAUUGAUCCCACGCCGGACGGUCUCAGCCCAGUUCCCUACGCCGAGCCGCUCUGGCUGCGUCCUGGCUUCAAGUCCCCUUACUACAACGAGAGCCAUCGACGACUGCAGAAGGCGAUUAGGGAGUUUACGAGUCUGCAUGUUGCACCCGAGGCCGCGGAGAAGGAGAAGGAUGGAACGUACAUCAGCCAGGAACUGAUCAACAAAAUGGCUGAGACCAACGUGCUUGCCAUGAGACUGGGCCCAGGGAAGCAUCUGCAUGGGCGAAAGCUGCUGGGUGGUGUGGUUGAUGGAAAGGAAUUUGAUUAUUUGCAUGAUUUGAUUAUUGCGCAGGAGAUGGUCAGGGUCAAUGCGCGUGGUUUCCAAGAUGGUAACAUGGCCGGCAUGGUCAUCAGUCUUACAGCGGUUCAGAACUGGCUGCGCAACGAACCCCUCCGGCAAAAGGUCACUGAGGAAGUCCUCUCAGGCAAGAAGAAGAUGUGUCUUGCAGUGACGGAGGCAUUCGCUGGCAGUGAUGUAGCGGGACUCCGAACGACUGCUGAAAAGACGCCUGAUGGGAAAUACUACAUUGUCAAUGGAACCAAGAAAUGGAUCACAAACGGCAUGUAUGCCGACUACUUUGUAACUGCCUGCCGGACCUCAAAGGGCUUCUCCGUCCUCCUGAUCCCCCGCGACUCUGCCGUCGAAACAACUCAGAUCAAGACCUCCUACUCUACAACCGCCGCAACCGCCUUCGUCGAGUUCAACAACGUCAAAGUCCCCGUUGACCACCUUCUUGGUGAAGAGCACAAGGGUUUUAUUGUCGUGAUGUCGAACUUCAACCACGAGCGUUACAUGAUGGUCUGCGCGGUUGUGCGUUUCUCCAUGACAGUUGUUGAGGAGUGCCUGAAAUGGUGCAACCAGCGUAUCGUCUUCGGGAAGCGCCUGAUCGAGCAGCCUGUAAUCCGCCAGAAACUCGCCCGCAUGAUCUCCCUCACCGAAUCAAACCAGGCCUGGCUCGAGUCCAUUGCUUACCAAAUGAACAACAUGACCUACGCCGAGCAGUCUAAAAACCUUGGUGGUCCUAUUGGACUGCUCAAGUCACAUGUCACGCGGUGCGCGGGUGAGAUUGCCGAGCAGGCCACGAAUAUCUUCGGCGGACGCGGUCUGACACAGACGGGCAUGGGACGCGUCAUUGAGAUGUUCAACCGCACGUACAAGUUCGAUUCGAUUCUUGGUGGGACGGAGGAGAUCCUGGCUGAUCUAGGUGUUCGCCAGGCCUACAAGUCGUUCCCAAAGGCUAUGCUAUGA